GCAGGUGCACCAACACCAACUGCCACACUCUUAUAUUCACCUGUGUCCACUCGUAAAACCUCAGUCCGAUAAUCUUCUUCUUGCUAUUUUUAUUAUUUUUUAUUAUUACUCUAUUAUAAAUAGUGUUAAAUAAUCGAUAAAUAAAUUAUUAAUCAAUAAUUGAUAAUAAUAAUAAUAAUAAAUUUAAUCAUUUUUAUAAAAUAAUUCAAGUGAUUUGUGACUGACAUUUGUGGUGACAUUUGAUAUUUUAAAUGUGGAUUUAAAUAAUAAUUUAAUUAAAAAGAGAAUAUUUAAUUUUUUGUCACGUUUCAGUGAUGAGUAUUUUCUGAGUAUGAUGACAGAGUGUGCCUUAUCACUGUACUUGAGCUGGUAAAACUGAGUCAACUUGGAUUAUAUCGUGAACAGUACAGGUUUAUCUGUCGCUUGGAACUCGCCGCUAUUUAUUAUUAUUAUUAUUAUUGUUAUACCUUGAAAAAAUAUAUAUAUAAUUUUUUAGCUGUGCGGAUACUGUAGGUGGUGUUGAGACGGUACCAUUGUGCGGCACACGUGUGCUGAUAAGAGUUUUGUGAUUAGAAACUUGAACUCGAGAAUUUUAUUUUAAAAAUAUAUAUACAGAUGUAUAUAUAAAUGUUGUUUUUAUUUUUACUUAAUGUGGGAUUUUAGUUGAUAGGGUGAGUGAGUGGUUAUUUGGUUAUCGCAUGAGGGUGAUUUGCUAAUUGACAAACUGGACAUAUUGACUACUGCUAGACGACCGACGGAGUGGAGAUGUCCGAGGGUCGUUGAGAGAAUGAGGGAAUUGGACACCGAAAGUCCUGUCGUUUGGCCGGCUUGGUGUUAUACUGGUGAAGUAUCAAGUGAUACCGUAUCAACAGGAACGGUACCACGAGGUGGAGAACGUGUGGAAGCUGCUGAUUUAGGCCGUCAUACGGAUAAAUUUGACGAGAGCACCCUGGCCGCUAACACAGCGAUCGACGCGAGGGGCGGCAGCCCCCAGGGUGCCCAUUUGUCGGGAGCUGUCACUCCUAGACCACCCCGUGGACGCAGGAGACAGAAUCAAAACGGCCUAGAUACUACGCAGGUUAAAACGGAGCGUUUAACGCCUGACAAUAAUUCGACGUCAUCGCGAAGUGUGACGCCAUCAUCAUCAAGUCAUCCAGGCACACCACCCAAUGCCGCAGCAUUGGGAGGACCAGAAGGUCCACCAGCGCCUCAUCAUCUCAAACACAUGGAACAGAUGAUGGGUCGUAAUUACAGUGACUUUAUGAGAAGUCUUGCUGCUAAGUACAAUAACGCUAAUCCUAACGAUUACUUUAGUUCCUCUCGUAACGGUUAUCCACCAGGAUUCGACCCAAGAUUUCCAGGUUUUAAAACAACAGCAACACCAUUCGUAGGUCUUAUGGCCCCACUUGGAACCCAUCCCCAACCGCAAACAGUACCAGCGGCAUCGCCACUUACAGGCAAAGAACCAAAAGAACAAAAACAGGAUACACUUUUUGGUAACCCAGUUUUUCCACCUAUGCUUGAUAUGUCAUCAACUCAAGCACUUUUACACAUGGUACGAACAGCAAAUGCUGCUCAAAAUGCCGCUGAAUUAGAAACUUACCUUAAAGGUGCGAAUAAACGGGACGUAGGAGUGACGAGUCCAUUGGAUUUGUCAAGCCCCGGGGGAUUUGCACCGAGAAAGCGACCGCGGAUCGAAACAAAGAGGUCGGAAAGCGUGUCGCCAAAACCAAAAGCUGCGACAGCGGCGACACCACGGUCGAGUACACCGCCACCAGUACGAUGUCCUUCACUGUGUGGACACAUGCCCUGCGGCGAUGGCCAAGCUGUCAAUCGCUGGAGCAUUGAAGAUGUCGUUAACUACGUCUCUUCAAUUGACAUAUGCGCCGAGUAUGCACAGAACUUCCAAGAGCACCGUAUAGAUGGCGCAUCGCUGCCGCUGCUCUCGGAGGAACAUUUGACUGGGCCGAUAGCUAUGAAGCUGGGACCGGCAUUAAAAUUACGUGCCAUGUUGGCACGCAAAUUGGGCGCCUGUACAGUAUGUCUUCAUUGUGCCCAUUGUCAUCAAACGCCACUGCCAGUUUUAAAUGCAACAGCGAAUGCUACUGCAAAUAUAAAUGCAAGUGGAAAUCCUGUAAAUAUAAAUUCCGGUGGAAAUACGACAGCAGGAGCAAUAACAAUACAAACGACGACUGGAAGGCGACCCAGUAGCACUGGCAAUUGACAAACAAUGGCGGAGACUCCUGGUGUUAUUGACGUCGAUCCAAAUCGUGCUCUCAGAAUCGAGAGACGAAUUUCUCGUCCUGUUCGUAAACCGGAUGUCGUUUUUAAAAAACCAAUUAAACAAUAACAAUAAUUUGUUUUUGUUUAUUUAAGACUUGGUUUUAUGGAGACUCCGCCCAAUUCAGUACCUAAUUUAGUUGUUAUUAUUAUUAAUAUUAAUGUUUUUAAUGAAUGUCAUGAGUGCCUUGAAUAUUGAACGAUUCUCUGACAAUAAAGAUAAAUAAAUAAUUGAAUAUAUAUUUAUAUAUUUUUUGUCUAUAUUGUAUGAUUAUUAAUUUUAUAAGUGAUUAAUACUGGUAAUUAUUAAAUAAAUGUCAAUAACAAUUAUCGUUAAAUCGUACGCGUUAAUUUGUUUAAAAUUUAUUUUUUGCCGUAAGGGAGAUAUGUCAUGAUUCCUUAUAUUUAGACAAUAAAUAAAAAUUAAAUUAUUUUAUAAAUAAUAACAGUGAAUAGACUUGAUUGUUGCAAAGAUUGGGAGUAAUUAAUUUUUUAAUUAAAAAAAUAAAAUUUUUAAAUUUGUAGAGAGAAAUGGUAAAUUAUUAUUAAAUUUUUAAAAGAAAAAUUAACUUAUUAAAUUAUAUUUUACAUAAUAUAUGAGUACAUGGGUAAAAUUUAUCAAAAAAGGUCAUAUUUUUCUGAAAUUCAGAUCUACUUCGACUAGAAUAGAUCUAUUUAAAUUAAUUCAGAUCCUUAAAAAUCUCUUAAGAUCUACGAUUAAAUAAAAAAUGUUUUAUAAAGUUUUGAAAUCUCCUUAAAAUUCGGAAUUUUGAUUUUUUUUUGUUUAGUAGUUUUCCUUUUUUUGUCUUUAUCUUCAUAGAUUUGAAGAAAGGAUAAACCAGAUCUCCGUAAAUCUUAACUGUAUGCAAGUUUCAGAUUGCUGUAGAUCUGAAUUAUUUUUUCUUGGGAGUAUAAUAAAUUUUUACAAUAGUUGAUAUACUAAUGUAACAUAUAUCUAUAUAUAAAAAUAUAUUAGAGUGAUCGCUAAAAACUAAAUUUUCCUAGACGCCCCAUAAAAAGCUUUUUUUUAGUGAAAAAAUACGUGGGGAAUUUGGUUUUUUAAGUAAAAAGGAUACGUGCUUCAGGACGACCAAAGUUGAUUUUUCGAUACAAUCGCAGUUUUUUUUAAAUAUCUCAUGAAAUAUGCAGAUUAAAGGAAAAACUUAUGGAGACAAUUUUGUAGGAAAUUGAAUUCUUGACAAAAAAGGUCGUAUUCAUUUUUUUUAUAAAAUGUACAUUUAUGAAGAUAUUUUAAAAAAACUUUUUUUAAAUUUUAUCAAUUGAGCAUUUAAAGGAUUACGAACGUUACAAAUAACAAUUUUCUGAGUGUAUAGAAACUGUAACAAACAUUAAGUGAUAUGUUACGAGUCAUAAAGCUGUCUAUAAUUAAAAAGAAACGUUAUUUGUAACAUUCGUAAUCCUAUAAAUGCUCAAUUGACAAGAUCUAAAAAAAUUUUUUAAAAAUAUCUUCAUAAAUACACAUUUUAUAUCAAAAAUGAAUAAGAUCUUUUUUGUCAAAAAUUUAAUUUCCUUUUUACGAAAAAAAAGCUUUUUAUUGGACGUCUGAGAAAAUUGAUUUUUUCACGACCACCCUAAUAUAUAUAUAUAUAUAUGAUCUUUUAUGACAUUGUUUGUCCAUAGACGAUCAAAUCUAUUUUUCAUAUAUAAUCAGGCCUGAUAAUUUACCCAUGAUCAUAUGUAAUCACAUCCGAAAAUUUUUUGUCCAGAAUUCAACUUGAGAUUUAUUAAGUAGAAAUGAAAUCUAAUUAAUAUUAAAACGCAUCAAGUUUUAAUAAUCAAAUAGUAAAAUACUUUUGAAAAGUAAAAUAUCUCAUGUUAUCUAAAAUAUAAAAAAAAAUCUUCCUCAAUUUUUUUUUUAAAUUUUUUACAUGUCUAACUCAACUUGUUAUUAUAAUAUCCAAAUAUCUAUCUCAAGUUAACACAAGUCAAAGCUUAUAAAAAUAAUCGCUGUUAAAUAAUGUGGAACAUGAAAAAAUUUCUCCUACCGUAACUCCGAUAUAAAUAAAACAAUAAUUUAUUGAGUGCGAUUAAUUAAUCAACUGUUAAUAAAACGUCCUAUAAGAAUAACGUGCAAUAAUAAUUUCAUUUUUUUUUUAUUUUUGUUAUUAUGACAUAAAUGAAAUUAGUGUUAAGAAAUACGUAUUUGCUCAAAUCGUUAUUUCUUUUUAUAUAUUUUAAUAAAGGUUUUUAUAUUAUUAAAUAAUUAUUAUAAUAUUUACAUGCAUAAAUAUAUAUUGCUAUUAUUAUUAUCAUAACUAAUAAAUUAUAUUUUUUCUAAUAAUAUUAAAUUUAAUUGUUAUUAAUUAAGCAAUGAUUUAGAUAUUAAUAAAGAUUAAUUAUUAUUAUUAAUUAUUCAUGUAAAUGAACUCAACGACAAUAACGUAAUUCAAAAAUGUCUGAUUUAUAAAUAGUUUAAUGUAAAAAAAAGCAUUAGUUGUAUAUUAAAACAGAAUGAUUUUUUUUUUAAUUGUAACAUCUAUUUAUUUUAUCAAUGUAUUUAUAUAUAUUAUUAAAUAGUUCAGUAAUUUAAUGGUCCUCAGAUUAAUAUUAUUAUUAUUGAAAUUAUAAGAGUAAAAAUAUUCAAAUAUGAUCAUGUAUUUUUUCGUAUAAUCAGAUAUAAAUUUAUAUAUGAUCAAACACAAUAAUAUAAGAUUAUAUCCCGCAUGAAAGUAUAUCUACGGAAAAAUUUAUGUGACAAAUUGUUUUUUGUCCGAACAUAUAUUUAUAUAUACUUAGGACCCAUGUCGACACAUAUGUGAUAUACAAUUUUUACAUAUAUAUUUUUUCACACAGGAUAUAACGUCACAUAUAUUUAUUUUUGAUAUCACGCAUAAUCAUAUCUAUAAAUAUAUGAAAGCUCAGAACUGAUAAAAUCAUACAAAAGAUCUAAGCUGAUCAUAUAUGAUCAGAUGAUCACAUCUAAAUAAAUAAAUGAGGUAUUAUCUGUUCAUAUAUAAUAAUAUAUGACUUUAUAUGAGUUUAUAUGAUUAUUUAUACUCAUGUGACCAUAUAUGAACACUUAUAGCUAUAAAUGUAAAUAUAUGAUCAAAGUUGGGCCAUCGUAUCUGAUCAGUUCUGAGUAUUCAUACAUGAUCACAUAUGAUCAUAUCUGAAUAUUUUUUGUGGAGUUUCGUACACUAAUUGAAGAAAACAGUAUUUUGUUUGAAUUAUUUUUAUUUGGCGAUAGAUUUCAUAAAUUGUUUGUUUAUAAUUUAAUAUUAAUAAAUAAAAUGUUAAUGUGUACGAGUAUCGACGGCUUUUACUUAAAUAAUAAUAAUUAUUAUUAAAUGAAUAAAAAUCACAUGUAAAUAUGUCGCUUAUUUAUAUCGUUAAAUUAUAUCCUAAAAAAUUUUUAAUUUUUAGUAUGUAGAUCGUAAUGAACAUGUAGAUAAUAUAUCAAUGGUAAUAAUUAACAGUCAAAACACGUAGCACUAAAAUUAUUUUUUGUAUAAAUGAUACAAUUGA